CUAGAGAGAGAGAGGAGAGUGAGAGAGGAGAGAGAGAGAUGUCGAUACUGUGGGAGAAGAGCGGGACAUGGAGGUGGAUAGUGAGGAAGAGCAGGGACUCAAAGCCAUUCUUCUUGGCGUUCGCCACCGUGUGCGGCGUCGUUCCAGGCGUAAUCGGCUACUGCGUCAUGCAGUUCACCUCCUCCCGCAGCGAACACCUUGAGGCCCAACUCCGCCAGAAAGCCCGUCCCGAAACUCUCAUGAUGGGGCAAGUGAAUCGGGAGAGAUUGGCGGAGUUUCUGGGAGAGCUGCAGAGGAAAGAGGACACAAAUGAUCGUUAUGUUGCGGCGCUGAGAGGAGAGACCUUGACCAGAAAACCCUAUGUCAGAAUCCAGCCAAUUCCUAAACCUGACAACAACAACAACAACAACAACAAGGAGGAUGAAAACAAGCAAUUGCCCAAGAAAGAUUGAUCGUGUUAGUAUGAAAAACAGUUGUUGGCCCACCGUCUGAUAGUUUAAGCUUUUGGGAGAAUUAGUGAUUUAACAGUUUGUUCCAUGUCCGAGUAGUUUUGGAUGUCAUAUGACAUCUUAAUCCAUCGAGAUCCGGCAAGCCAUCCGACAUCUGUGUUAUAUUCUAUGCAAGCUUACUUUGAUCUCUGUCAUAAUAGUAAUUGAAGUCAAAUGGUUUGAGCUUGGAAGCAACCUAUUAUUGAUAGGCGAGAACAGACUACUAUUGGCUGCUUCGCCUAUUCAUCUAUGUUGGGAGUGUAAAUAGUUCGGGUUUGGGUGGUUUCCAGUUAAAUCCCAUCUUAAACAGAGCUCCUCGAGUUUUCAUUGUUAUUGAAAAUGCAACUGAAUCGCCUUGUGAGGUGAAACUAAUGCGACCCGACCCAUCAGUCUUCAGAUCUAUUGAUUUUAAGAGUCAGACUUGCUGAGAAACUAGAAAAUAGGGGACAGAGGAUGACACAAGGGUUUUGGUCGUUGGGGGCAAUGACUAGGCUUCUUCACAAGCCCGAGACUAUGGAGAACCUGGCGACGACGGCAGUCGCAUUGGUCGAUUUUGGUUUCAACCCACCAAUGUCAGUUUUCCAAUGCUACAUCGACUUCAUGGGUUCGGUGUGUUAGUUUCUGAGACGGGUUUGAUCUUUUGUA